AUGGAUUUGGAUAAUUGGAUAGCGAAAGUUAAAGAGGGUCAGCACUUGUCUGAAGAUGAGCUUCAACUCCUCUGCGAAUAUGUUAAGGAGAUAUUGAUUGAGGAGUCAAAUGUUCAGCCUGUAAAUUGUCCUGUUACAGUAUGUGGGGACAUCCAUGGACAGUUUCAUGAUUUGAUGAAACUCUUCCAGACUGGAGGUCAUGUACCGGAGACAAAUUACAUUUUUAUGGGAGAUUUUGUUGACCGUGGUUACAAUAGCCUAGAAGUUUUCACAAUUCUUUUGCUUCUCAAAGCAAGAUACCCAGCUAACAUUACUCUCCUACGUGGAAAUCAUGAAAGCAGGCAAUUGACUCAGGUCUAUGGAUUUUAUGACGAAUGUCAAAGGAAGUAUGGGAAUGCAAAUGCUUGGCGGUAUUGCACAGAUGUCUUUGACUAUCUAACUCUAUCAGCAAUUAUUGAAGGAACAGUACUUUGUGUGCACGGCGGGUUAUCCCCAGAUGUUAGAACUAUCGAUCAGAUUCGAGUUAUUGAUCGGAACUGUGAAAUCCCCCAUGAAGGGCCUUUCUGUGACCUAAUGUGGAGUGAUCCUGAAGAUAUUGAGACAUGGGCUAUGAGUCCUAGAGGAGCAGGCUGGCUUUUUGGGUCCAGGGUAACUUCUGAGUUCAAUCACAUUAACAAACUUGAUCUAGUUUGCCGAGCCCACCAACUUGUACAAGAAGGUCUAAAGUACAUGUUUCAAGAUAAAGGACUUGUAACUGUGUGGUCUGCUCCAAACUAUUGUUACCGUUGCGGAAAUGUUGCCUCGAUAUUAAACUUCAAUGAGAAUAUGGAGAGAGAGGUGAAGUUCUUCACAGAGACCGAGGAGAACAACCAGAUGCGAGGACCCAGGACCGGAGUUCCUUAUUUUCUAUGA